AUGAGAAGAUUAAAAAAAGGUGAUUCACCUCAAGAAGUCAUAGAAAUAGAGAGGACACCAACACCUUCUUCUUCUCCAGAAAUGCAUGUCACCCCUGCCAGAAAAAUAGAACCUGAACCUAUACUCCCCAAGACAGAGCGAAGUGUGCGUGACAAAGGCGAAGAGGAGAAGCUUGUUGUGAAAGUGGAAACAAUUAAGAGUAAAUCUGGAGUUGUGUAUGAGGCACGAAGAGUGGAGCACAAAGAAGAGCCCCCCGCAUCACCCCUACCUGUUGCACCUGUUGUCCCCCCUCCUGUUGCAGUUGUGAAACCUGAACCAGUAGAACCUCCACCAGAGCCUGAUAGAAAACAGGUGAUGAGACGACUGCCACUUCCUGCAGUGUUACCUGUGGAUGAAAUUGACAGUGACUCUGAUACUACGGAACAGUCACCGCCAAGUGAGAAAGCUGCUUCAUCUCCAGUGAGGCAUCGGCGCAUUACAGAUCUUCCUAUGCCACCUGUAGUAGAUGACCCAGAGCCGGAAUUGGAAGCAGAAAAUGAAACUCAAGAGCCUGAACAGAAACCAUCAUCUCUUGAUUUGGAAAUGAUGGAAAUGAAGAACAGAAUGGAUUCUAACUGCUCAUCUGCUCCAAAGCUAAAGAGGCCAAAAAUCUGUAUGAAUAGGCGAUAUAAUGAAAGGAAUAAAGGUGAUUGGGGUGAGAGGUGUGUUGAUGUAUUCCGGAAAAUUUGCCAGAUUGGUGAAGGGACAUAUGGACAAGUAUACAAAGCUGAGGAUACAUUUUCAGGUGAACUUGUUGCUUUGAAAAAGGUUCGAUUGGAAAAUGAAAAAGAAGGUUUUCCCAUAACAGCUGUGCGGGAAAUAAAAAUUCUUCGGCAGUUGAACCAUCCAAACAUUGAUCACAUUGCAUCUUUCACUAAGCAGCUUCUUGAUGGCUUGAAUUACUGCCACAAGAAAGACUUUUUACACAGAGACAUUAAAUGUUCCAACAUUUUACUUAACAACAGGGGCCAAAUUAAACUAGCUGAUUUUGGUUUGGCUCGGUAUUAUGAACCAGAAGACAGAGAUAGGUUAUAUACAAACAAAGUCAUAACACUUUGGUACCGUCCACCAGAGCUGCUCUUAGGUGAGGAGCGUUAUGGGCCGGCUAUAGAUGUAUGGAGUUGUGGCUGUAUUCUUGGAGAAUUAUUUACUAAGAAGCCUAUCUUCCAAGCAAAUACAGAAAUAACACAGUUGGAACUCAUAAGUCGAACUUGUGGCUGUCCUUGCCCGGCUGUUUGGCCAGAUGUUAUCAAAUUACCUCUAUUUCAUUCAGUCAAACCUAAGAAACAGUAUCGGAGGCGACUUAGAGAAGAAUUUUCUUUUUUGCCGAAACCAGCGUUAGAUUUACUGGAUCGCAUGCUUGAAUUGGAUCCUAGCCGUCGUUGCAGUGCAGAGCAAGCUCUAGAAUCAGCUUGGUUAAAAGAUAUUGAUCCAGCUCAGAUUACUCCUCCCGAAUUUCCACGGGACCAAGAUUGCCACGAAAUGUGGAUUAAGAAUCGGAAACGAAGUUUGCGGGAAGCAAUGAAACGUGAGCAAGAACAGGGACACCAUCCAAAUAUUCCACCCAAAGGUAAUCCUCCACCUAUUGGGGCUUCUAAAGGUCGAAUGGCUAGUACCAGCAGCAGUGGUGGGAGUAGUGAGAAUCCCAAAUCUUACUCACAUAUGUCAAGAGACAGCACUGGCCAUGGAAUAAAUAUGGAAAAAUCCAAGAGUGAAGAGCAGUCUAUUAAUAGUCAGAACUCUGACUCAAAAGAUGCUUGGAUGUCAGUAAGGAAUAAGGAUUCUUCUGUUGUGGGCAUGGACCCUGCUGAAGGCAAAGAUGAUGUAACAGGCUCUUCUUCAACAGAUUCAGAAUGCAAGUCGAAGUUAGCAGGCUCUCCAAACCCACAACAAUUGCAGGCCAUAAUCCAGAUGCUUAAAUCCAGCCAGAGUGGGUUAAGUGUGGAAGAUCUGGCUAAAAAACUUAAUGUUCGCUGUGAUGAAACAACAAUCAAGCUUUUGGAGAACCUGAAUAAACAGCUUCAGGCUGGUGGAAAUCCACCAAAGACAGAAUCCCUAAGUCAGUCUGCAACUCCACAAACCCCUAAAACUCCUAAAAGCCCACCCCCUGGUUUCCCAGGUUUGGACAGACAUGCAAGUAGUCAGUAUCGACUGGGUAACUUUGCUCAGAGAACUUUAGAAAAUUCCCAGGCUUUAGAGUCAAAAGACGAUAUUAACCAUGGUGGUGGUGGUAGUAGUGGUGGUGGUGGUGGUAGUAGUAGCAAUGGUGGUAUUGGAUCUUUGGAUGAAAAUGGAAUGAAAGAUAAUUCAAACAAAAUGCUUGUACAACAGGGAGUUGGGAUGUCUGCGAGUGGAGUGAAAUUUGACAACACAUCUAUGCCUUCUGAGGGAUAUCCAAGGAAUGCAAACAAUUUGGAGACAGUUUACCACAACCGAUCCAGAUUACAGGAUUAUACAGAGGCUCCAGUUUUAACACCUGUUCAUCAAGAAAAGACUUCAUCUUUGAUGGAUACUGGAUCUACUGGCAGCAGUAUUGUAACCUCACAGGCUAUCCUAGAUAGUUUGGCCACUGAUGUUUUAGUUUCAGGUAAACCUAGCUUUGGAUCAACACAGACUGUUCCUUCAGGGGUGGAAUUUGAACAAAAGCCCAACCAAUUUCCUUCACCUACUGCGCAGAACCCUCCAGUCUUCUCUGAAGAGAUAAGAUUUCCAUCUUUGGGACAUAUUCCGCUUAACCGGCCCCCACCAAGUAGUGCUAUACCUAGCACUAAUACAAAUCUUUCUGUUGGCGCCGCAGCAGCAGCUGUACCUGUUGCUGGCAGUGAUGGGGCAGUGUCAUUACGAGCAAAAGUACAAAGUUAUUUUGACACCUAUGGACAAGAUGAUUCCUUACACCCUCGUCCUAACCAGCCCCCAUUUGGAAUGGUGGGAACUCCACACAGUGGUGGUGCUAGUGGCAGUGGCAUGGGCCGAAGAAACUAUCAUGGAUCAGGUCUUCCUGGGCCACUUACUGGACCUCCACCUCGACCACCUGGUCACAGAUCCAACAUGCCACCUGGGGUUAGCAACCCCUCACCAGCUAUGCCACCGCACACUGUUGCUAGCAACAUGGGUGCAAAUGUUGGUGGUGGGAUGUACCAGACAGGCCACAUGGGUUGGUAG